UCCGCGCUCCCGCGCCGGGACUUCUCGGGAGGGGCGGGGCGUGGCCGCGGGCUGGCGGCGCGGCAGGACUUGGGCUCUGACACCAGCGGAGAUCGGGCGCCCGGGCUGGCUUCUGGGGGCGCCGGCAUCCAAGUGGAGCGCAGGACUUUUCGCCGAGGUCCAGAGUUCCGGCGCGGCCGCUGGUCUCCGGCUCCGCCGCCGCCUCCGCUCGGCGCCGCAGCGGCUGCCGGCUCCCAGGGCUACUCGGAGUUUCGCUCCGGGGACGGCGGGCGCGCGGCGUGGCGGGCGGUCGGGGCCGGGGCCGCCCAGCGUCUGCCUGGACUCGGGAGCCGCAGGUGGGCCGGUCCGAGAGAGGUGGCCGCCGGGCCAUGGAGAGCGAAUGUCUGCGGUAGCACGCACCUGCCCUCCUCACUACAUCCCCAGAAGCGCCUUGCGUGCCUUCCUGGGCCCCCCGGCUGGCCAUGGGAAGCACUCUGGGCUGCCACCGCUCCAUCCCCAGGGACCCUGCGGAUCCGUCCCACAGCCGCAAGUUCAGCGCCGCCUGCAACUUCAGCAACAUGCUGGUGAACCAGGAGCGGCUCAACAUCAACACGGCCACGGAGGAGGAGCUCAUGACUCUGCCCGGGGUGACGCGCGCGGUGGCCCGCAGCAUCGUGGAGUACCGUGAGUACAUCGGGGGCUUCAAGAAGGUGGAGGACCUGGCACUGGUCAGCGGCGUGGGUGCCACCAAGCUGGAGCAGAUCAAGCUUGAGAUCUGCGUGAGCAGCAAGGUCAGCUCGGCCCAGCACUCGCCCAGUUCCCUGCCUCCGCCCCCCCUGGCUACCUCCGCACCCCUCACCCCGCGGGUCAACAUCAACACGGCCACGCCGGCGCAGCUCAUGAGCGUGCGCGGGGUCACGGAGAAGGUGGCGGCCAGCAUCGUGGACUGCCGCCGCGAGCACGGCCCCUUCCGCAGUGUGGAGGACCUGGCGAGGCUGGGCGGCAUCAGCUCAGCCCUCCUGGACAGGAUCCGGCACCAGGUGUUUGCUGAGCGGUCCCGGCCCCCGUCCACCCACACCAAUGGGGGCCUGACCUUCACCGCCAAGCCACACCCCAGCCCCACCUCGCUGAGCCUGCAGAGUGAGGACCUGGACCUGCCCCCAGGGGGCCCCACCCAGAUCAUCUCCACGCGGCCCACUGUGGAAGCCUUUGCAGGCACCAGGGACGGGCGCCCAGUGCUGAGGGCAGCCACCUGGAACCUGCAGGGCUGCUCGCUGGAGAAGGCCAGCAACCCCGGGGUGCGAGAGGUGGUAUGCAUGACGCUCCUGGAAAACAGCAUCAAGCUUCUAGCUGUGCAAGAACUACUUGACCGAGAGGCCCUGGAAAAGUUCUGCGCAGAGCUGAACCAGCCCAUCCUGCCCAACAUCCGCAAGUGGAGGGGCCCGAGGGGCAGCUGGAGGGCCGUGGUGGCCGAGACGCCGUCCUGCCAGCUGCAGAAGGGGGGCGCCUUCUCCUUCUCAGGCUUCCUGUGGGACGCUGCGGCAGGGGUGGAGCUGCGGGACGCCGCGCUGCAGGGGAGCAACGGGCACGUGGGCGGCCCCUGCCUGGCCCGCUUCAAGGUGGGCAGCCACGACGUGACGCUGGUGAACCUGCACCUGCCGGCCCCCGCACCCGCGGGCAGCGACCACCCCGGGGGGAGCCACGGCGACAGCGCCCGCCUGGCGAGCGUCGCGCAGGCCUUGCAGGAGACGCUGAAAGGAGAAAAGGAUGUGAUUGUUCUGGGGGACUUUGGGCAGGGGCCGGACAGCAGCGACCAUGACAUUCUAAGGAAAGAGAAGUGCCAGCCCCUGGUGCCCGCACACACCUUCACCAACAUCAGCACCAAGAACCCACAAGGCUCAAGGUCUCUGGACAACAUCUGGAUCAGUAAAAGCUUGAAGAAGGUUUUCACAGGUCACUGGGCCGUGGUUCGAGAAGGACUCACAAACCCCUGGAUCCCCGACAGCUGGGCAUGGGGCGGCGUGGCCUCGGAGCACUGCCCGGUGCUGGCUGAGUUCUACAGUGACCAGGACUGGAGCGGGAAGGAAGGUCCACGCAGCGGCGUGGCGGUGGAGCGGCCCGAGGGGCUCGGCCGGCAGGAGCGGUGACCGCAGGCGGCGGCCAGACCCGCAGUGGCCCCUCCGCCCAGGAAGCCCCCGGCCUGGGCGCUGAAGUGUGAGCCCGACGCUUCUGGACCGUCCCAGCUGGGGGGUGUGGCUUGUUGGGAGGAAAUAAACGCAUGCACCUGGCCGGCCGCAGGGCUGUGGAAACGGGCGAGGUGCCCAGUGCAGAGCUGACCAUGGGGCUCUGCAGAAUC